AUGGAGGGCCGAUACACCCCCUACGAUAGCCUGCCUGACGAUGACUACGAUAGCCUGCCACCUGACGACUCGCUCUCACUGGAGGAAGAGGCAACCGAUGCGGGCGAUGCGCCCGUCAUGGGGUUGCUCGUUGCUCCUGCCUGCUUUGCGCUCGGUGCGGCGCUGUACAUCACGAAUGGUGCUUUCCUUGUCGCUCAGACGGCCCUUCUUCUGCUGACGUCCCUGCUGCCCCUUUUGGCUCGAAGCAAUCAAUUUGGGAAGAUCAUCAGCGGAGACGCCGUCGCGAGGCUCUGUGGAUGCGUGAUCUCCCUUGGCCCAAUCUUCCAGGCCGUAUACUGCGCACAGUGCGCCACUCCGCUGAUCAGCGCAACGGAGUAUGCGGCUUACGUCGGCAGCACCCAGGCGAGGCUGGGCCGGGCAGCCUUUGGGGUCAUGCUCAUGUGGAUGCCGCGGCCUCUCGACUGGAAGUGUAGCCGCGCGGUGGAGCAUUGUGCGGGCGUGUGCCUAGUGGAGUUUGUGCGCGCGAGCCGCUCCUGGGCGACCGACAAUCCCUCUGCCUAUGGCGCACACCUUGCUCUCGACCGGGCCGGUGCCUACCUGCUCGGGAUGGCGGCGGGCGAGCUGAUCAUGCAGGGCCAUGUGCCCGCGCAGCGCUUGGCGUCGGCAGUCCGUCAGCAACUGCUCUGCGAAAAAGAGCGAAUGGACUGGGAGUUGCGGCUGCGGACUCGAGGCCUCGGAGCUCCAGCCGCUGAAGCGCUGCCGCCGCUUCUGCCGAGCGUGCACCCCAGCAGCAGCCAUCAGCCGACCCCAGAAGCACGCGACCCCGGCAGCAGCAGCCACGACUCUCGCAGCGAGCCCUCCGCCGCCACCGUCCCGCACGCAGAGCCUGCCAUUUCCGUUGCGCAUUUCCAUCCCAUCGUGCCUAGCUCCUCUGGCGGCAGCGAGAGCGAGUACUUCAGCGACAAGGUUUCGUGUGCCAUGUCAGCGUGGGUCAAGGUGGAGUGA